AUGAGUCAAAAUCUCCCAACUUGGUUUUGGAAUCACUGUGUCAAAGAUGAGGCAGCCGUGAAAAAGCUUGCGGCUCAACUUUCCAUCAGCGAUCGUGAUCAAGCAGCCAGUCGAGCAGGGUACGACAUCAAGUCUUGCAUUUAUGCGAGGCUCACCGAUUAUCUUCUUGGGGCUGGUUGGAACAUUAGUGGCGAAACCCAGCCACAGAAGUUGGUGCAUAAUGGGCUGCUCUUACGCCUCCCCGAUGAUAAUGACUCUGGCGAUGGGUUUUUCGUCUCGGUAGUCGCCAAGCUAGCAGCUAAUCUUCGAAGAAAGCUAAUAGUUCUUGAUUAUCAAGAUAUUCAAGACCUGGCAGAGCACAUGGUAGGGCCUCGAAAGACCUACUCGUAUAACGCUUCACAGCACUACAUGUCUACCUAUUUUCCAGAAGGAGACGAUACAAAAUUCGAAAAAUGGAUGCCAGAUGCAAGCUCCAAGAAAUGGGAGUCGUUGAAAUCAUUUACGAGUGAUUUCAACAAGGCAAAGACAUAUGACUCUGCAGAUCUCUUUCGAGGUAUGCUCAGCAAUGUGGGGAACGGGUCUGCUAUCAUCUUGAUUCUACGGUCCAGGGAGUUUGGGAGGUUCUGGCAUCCUGUUUGUAUAUCGUUAGGUACAGCCAUCCGAACUUCUGGGUUGGGAGAUCGGGUGAUUCUUAUUGCAACCGACAGCACUAUCCAACCUGAGGGAAAGGAAUUCGGGCCAUCUGGUCGGAGCCUUAACACCCGCCCAGCCCCAAGAAGAAUUGAUAUUUUCCCACAAAAGACUGCAUCUCAAGAAGCCCUUUUCAAAAUGGCAAAAGAAAGCCAAUUAGAAGAGGCAAACAAAAGGUUGCUACAACAGGUUUUCAGGAGUCUUCAUCCUGAGCAGGACGCAGAAAUGCUACAGCCAUAUGCUGUAUGGCCGGUCACAGAUUCUGCAUUGAAGCUAUUUUUGGGAGGGAAAAGGCUCACUCGGCACGAAGCUCAGGGUAUUGCGGAGCGCAUGUUGGGACCAUUCCCCUUGACCAUGGACAUCUUAGUCUCUCUUGCAAAUCGCUACGUGGACGAAGACAAGGCGACGCAGAACUGGGGGCAUACGUCAGACACUCGUGUCACGGAUCCCAAGGAUGACCGUUUGGCUCGGCUAUUUGGCUCUGGGAAUAGUAAGAGCUCCAAGAAGGAUGGAAUAAACACGAUGGAAACCCUAGUGGAUAAAUCUACGCUUGAUGCAGACUGGUCACACAUUGAGGUCGGUCCCGCUGUCAGAACCCAGGUCGAGCGCAUGAUCCUACUCCUGGAACGGCGUAGCCAACUUUCAGGCAUUCUCAAGCGCGAAGCAGGUGGUGCUCUUAUCUACGGGCCUCCAGGAACUGGGAAAACGCAUCUCGCCAGGAUCAUCGCAAAGCAGACGUCAUCGACCAUGAUCCGGGUGACCCCUGCCGAUAUCAACAGCAAAUGGCAUGGGGAGUCUGAGAACAAUGUGAAGAGUCUCUUCAAGUUCGCUCGCUCUCGCUCCCCCGCCGUUGUGUUUUUCGACGAUGCAGACGGCUUUUUUCGGCAGAGAGGUGCUGACGGCGACAGGGCUCCUUGGAGACAGGAUGUCACCAACUCGUUCUUGAACGAGGUUGGCGGGUUCGCUAAUGACCCCAAAAGCCCUCUCCUUAUACUGGCGACCAACUUCCCUAACAAUGUCGAUACGGCCGUGCUUCGACGCGUGCCAAAUAAGAUAUUCAUAGGUUUCCCCACGCGAAGCGGACGGCAAAAUAUCUUCCGCAUAUGCUUGCGGGAAGAGAAACUUGGCAGAGACGUGGAACUUGAAGCCCUCGCGGCUCGCUCAUCCCGAUUCACAGGUUCGGAUAUUGAGUUUGUCUGCCACCAGGCGGCUUCAGCCGCGCUACAAGAUGUGAUCCAAAGCUCUGCGCCAAUGGAUAUGCCUAUCUGCCUAGAAAUGAAACACUUCAUCCGUGCCAUGAAGGUGGCCAGUCCGUCAUCUGAUUUAGGCAUGAUGAAAGACAUGAAGACCUUUGCCUCGCAGUUUGAUCAGCCAUCUCUAGCCAGAAUGAACAAACCCGCGGAGGACUAA